CAGCCAAUAUACUGUUUUACUGUUUUAUCAUUUCUUGAAGAAUAUUUAAAAUUGCUGUGUUCAUGAACGUGACGGAGUUGAAUCUCUCUGAUCGCUGUGAGCAUUUCUCCUGUCCAGAGAGAUCUGUAUCUCCUGCAGUUUAUAUCUUACUGUACGUGUGUUCAGCUGCUCUGGUUCUUUUAUCAGUGUGUGGAAAUCUGCUCGUCAUCAUCUCUGUUCUUCAUUUCAAGCAGCUUCACACGCCAGCCAACAUGCUCGUGCUCUCUCUGGCCGUGUCGGAUUUCUUUGUCGGCAUUUUACUGAUGCCGUCUCUGUUCAUCUGGAUAAUGGAGUCAUGCUGGAUUUUUGGAAAAGGUUUUUGCAUCAGUUAUUCUUUCAUUUCCAGUUUUCUUUCAGUCGUAGCCAUGUAUAAUGUCGCUCUGAUCGCUGUGGAUCGGUAUUUCGCUCUCUCUAACCCAUUUUUCUACACAAGCAAAAUCUCUACAAGGAUGAUGUGCAUUGUGGUUUAUUCGAACUGGUGUGUGUGUCUGGCAUAUAGGAUGACAUUUUAUUAUUUUAAUAUGAGCUCCAUGAAUUUUCUGUUGUGUCCUGGAGAGUGUUUUCUCAUUCUGAAUGAGGUUUGGACUGUACUAGACUUUGUUGUCACAUUUAUAUUUCCACUUUCUGUCAUAAUCAUAUUGUAUAUUGGAGUUUUUCUGAUCGCUAAGAAACACGCCACUGCUAUCAGAGAGCUUAAUAAUCACACACGAACUCAAACACAGAAAAUCACCUCCCACUCCAUGAAAUCUGAGAGAAAAGCAGCCAAAGUCCUCGGCAUUUUAGUGGCCGUGUUUCUGGCGUGUUUACUUCCAUAUUUUAUUUACACUUUAUUAGGUCACGUAAUUGAACUACAGGCAGAAACUGUUCAUAAAUUAAUUAUUGUUGGAUGCCUCAAUGCCACCAUUAAUCCUUUUAUUUACGCCCUGUUUUAUCCGUGGUUUAGGAGGUGCAUUAAAUUAAUUAUAACUCUGCAAAUAUUCCAGACAGAUUCUACAUUAAUAAAUAUCCUUUCAUGAAAAAAAUCUUUUUUAACUCCUUCUGAUAUUGAGCCUAAAUAUUGUUGAACUAA